AAUUAACUACACUUCUCGUAGGCAUGUACAAAUUUAUUAGAUUCUUUACCUAAUACUCGUACCUGUUGCUGACAUAUCUAGAAUCAUGAUUUACGUACUCGUAAUUUAUUUCUGCAUUGAGUAUGUAAUUGAUACCUAUACUUUUGACGUUGAAGUAUAAAAAUGCACUUUGUACAUUUUUUCGUUUCUUAAACGAGCGUGGAUAUUUUUGUGUCGUAUUCGAUUUAGUUUCAUUAAUAUAUCGUCAUGGUGUGUUCUCACUCGCGAUUUUUUUAAAUUAAAUAUUAGUUACUUGAUUAAAUUUGUCAAAUGAGUUCGGAUUCAUUCGAUCGAGUUUUUUGAAAAAAGUGUUCUAGUUUCGUGUACCUAUCUUCCACUUUGCCUGAAAAAAAUGGCAAAUUUCCUACAACAAGUGACCGUGGAACCGUCUUUUUUCAUCAACACUCUUCUCUUCAACUGGAUAGACGGUUUCGAAACCAAUUUAUUUCUUCAAAAAUCCUGCCGAUAUAACCGAACAGUCGAGCCGGACUUGAACACCAAGUGCGACGAUGAAAGAGCCGGAGUUUUAUUCAUCUCAGAAGUCACUUCCAAGUAUCGUUUCGCUGCUAUGUUUUUUGCCACUAUUGUUACAAUAUUCAGUACAACUUGGAGCGAUAAAGUUGGUCGAAGAAGAAAACCCCUGAUUCAUAUCGUAACUCUCGGGCAAAUAUUAAUUUUUUUAUCGGGUUGUUUAAAUUCGUAUUUUUGGCAUUGGUCACCUACUGUAGUAGCCAUAACAUCUACGAUUUUGUACGGCUUGAGUGGAGGAUCCUAUCUGAUGAUAGUGGCAUGUCAAAUAUACCUUUGUGACGAAAAUAAUGCCGAAAAUCGUACCAUGAAACUAGGAUUCAUCAGAGCUAUUCAAUCGAUUUGUAUGAUAUUAGGAAAGGGGUCGUCCGGAAUCAUUCUACGUAGAAUUGGAUUUUUCUACAGUUAUUUGUUGUGUCUGAUUUUGGCUAUAGUUUCUUUGAUCUUUGGAUUUAUUUUCAUAAAAGAUAAUUCCACAGUGGCCGAAAAGGACUUUCGUUUUUAUCAAGUUUUCAACGUGAAACGUACAGUAUUAAAUAAUUUCAAAGUUGUAUUUCAUAAAAAAUUAGGACGUAAAAGGGUGAUUGUUUCGUUGCUUAUAUUGGCCAAUACUGCUGUUAAUUUCACCAAUUUUGGUGAAUUGUCAAUAUUAUACCCGUAUCUUAGGUAUAGAUUUGGAUUUGACGAACAGAAAUACAGCGUUUUUUCAUUUUAUAGAUUUUCGCUGGCAACAUUAGGUACUUUAUUCUGCUCGAUUAUCUUGAGCAAAUGUUUGAAAGUUCACGAUGGACUGAUUGGUAUCUUGGCUGGAUCUUUUGACUUGGUAGCCAUCACGUUAUUGCUGUUGGCCACUCAAAUUUGGCAGAUUUUUACGGUUCCUUUAUUAGAUAUAUUUCAUGGCUGUGUUAUGGUGAUUCCUGUAUCGUUCAUGAGUAAAUAUUUCAACGUGAAUGAAUUAGGUCGACUACAAGCUGUAAAUGGAGUAUUUGCAUUACUAUUCCCUUUCACUUUCCCCGCAUAUAAUGCCAUUUUCAAGUCAACGUUGGAUACUUUUCCUUCUGCAUUUUGUCUUCUCAGUGUUGGCAUAGAUGUAGUGAUCAUCUUAUGCUUUUGUUUAUCUUAUUUCUUCAGUACAAAAAUCCAAGACGAAAAUCCGAAAGGGGCUCGAGAAGAGACUCGUGGUAUGAUACCUAGCCAUAAAACUUGAAAUUAGUUGGAAGGUAUUAGGUACUUGAGGGAAUCUCCAGGUUGAUACAGAUUUAACUAUAUUUUUGCUCCGAAACCUUAUCAAUGAAAAAUCGAUUGCUCAGUUUCAAAAACACCAAUGAUUUGAUAUUUUGCAAAUUUCUAGACAUGGGAAUAAAUAAGAAAAUAUAACACAUAAAUAUUCUUCAGAGAACCUUUAUUUUAAAAAAAAAUAACACCAAUCAACCAUUCAUUCUCAAAGACAACCUAAUCCUCAAAGCUAUAAAACUCAGCAAAUGAAAAAUUACAUAAAUACAACACAUGGAAAUUAUAUUCCGUCGCAAAUUCUCACCAUCGAUAUCCAUAAACUUCAAGACUUCCUGUCCGUUUCUCAAACAUGGCACUUCUGGAGACUUCGAACACUGAAUAUACCCCACUCCUUCGAAAUAUGCAAUCAGCAGACACUCGAAAGCGUAAGUAACCCACGAAAUGUACCGAAUCCAUCGAAAUAUUACAGGAAUCGAGCUGAUUCUCAUUACCAUUCCAGAAAAUGGAUAGGAUAAUGUUUUCAUGAUCAGUAUGCAAGA